GGAACGGUGAUGGCAUUUACGGAAUUUGGACAGUUGCUGCUCUUCAGUAUCUCGAUGUUGAUUGGCUGUUUCUGCGCAGGAAUGGUUCCCCUGAGUAUGACUUUGAGCGAAAGUAACCUGCAACUGAUGUCGUCUCUGGGUGCAGGUCUGCUGGUGGGUACUGCACUGGCUGUUAUCAUUCCAGAGGGAGUUACAAUACUUAUCUCUAGUGCUCACCAGGGCCACUCCCACGAUCUCCCUGGAGGAGAAGGUUUGGUAGAAAGCCAGGAGAAGGAAGGAAUGUUAACACACGAUGCAAGUAGUUCAGUGGGAAUGGCACUCACGUGUGGGUUCAUCUUCAUGUUGUUAGUGGAUCAGAUUGGUGGCGCACACGGAGGUCACUCCCACACUCACGGACCUGUUAACUCAGAAGGUGGAUUUGGCAAGAAAUCGUUAUCUACAAUUAUAGGACUAGUAGUCCAUGCGGCUGCAGAUGGUAUCGCCCUGGGAGCGGCUUCUCUCACUGACAAAGCUGAAAUAGAGUUCAUUAUAUUCCUUGCCAUAAUGCUCCACAAAGCCCCCGCUGCUUUUGGUCUGACCUCAUUCCUUUUACACGAGGGAGCAGAUAGAACUAGAGUACGAAAAGUCCUGAUAAUAUUCUCUGUGGCUGCCCCUGUUGCAGCAAUCUUAACUUUCCUAUCAUUAACCACUAUGAGUGGUGGGAUAUCAGAGUACAGCACGGGCUGGGUAAUGUUGUUCAGUGCUGGAACCUUCCUCUAUGUUAGCACAGUUCAUGUCUUACCCGAAAUCAGCCAAGAGGCUGCACGAACCGACAGCGUGAUAACAUUAUCAGAACAAGAGAUGACGAUUCAAAAAAGUGGAGCUCGUAUAAAAUGGACUAAUCUUGCAUCCCUGUGCUGCGGGACUUUUCUUCCAGUUUUACUAAACAUGUCACAUCAUCAUUAGUUUUCUGUCCUGCUUAUAGGGCAGAUACUGGUCUUAUACUCGAUCAGGGUUACUUUUCAGUAUUUAAAAACUGUUAUUAGUUGAGUUAAGUUCGAACAGGGAUCAUUUUAGAAUAGGUCCUCAUUUCUUACUAGAAUUAGAAGCAUGUUAGCGAUGUAUGAUGUAGCUCCUGAUGAUUACUUUAACCUGAAAAACUGCAAACUUAAUAGGUAUUAUAGGUGUAUUGCAUAGGAGUUGAAAUAUUUUUAAAGAAGUAAUAACAGCAUACUGCGGAUAUUAUUUUAGGGGUUGUUCAUCGAACAUUAAAUCUAUUUUUUAUCAAAAAUGUCCUCUCUUUUUGUUCGAUUACUUACAUUAUAUUCAUUUUUGUAAUCAACGUUAAUCAUCGUGUAUAAUUUAUAUUGUAAAGCUGCAAAUUUAAUUUUCACGUUAUCAAAGUCAUUUUAAGUUUUUAAACACUAAAUUUCGCUGUUCGUUGAUAUUAGGAGCAACCUUAUCAUUAGGUAUUGUUUGUACUUCUAGACGCAAUUCAUGAAAUGUGCCACAUUUGGGGAUUGAUAAUUGCCAUGAUGAAUGAUAAAAGUUACCAAAUUAUCAUCAGUGAUGAGCUAAACGAAUGAA